CUAGAUUUCAAACCCCGGAAUUUUGGACUAUACUAGAUACAACUUAUCUUCCAUUGAUGUGUCUAUGCCUAUCUGAACCUCACUAACUUUCAUACAACUGGCCAAAUAUGCUCUUUAUCAAAAUCGACAGAAGACUCCUCGUUAGCAUCUUGGGUGCUAUUCUUGUGUUUGUCCUUUGUUAUGCUUUAUACAACACAUCCCCAGGUAUUCCCUCCACUCUUCCAACCAGCUCUCCUUCUACUCCUCCUGAGAAGCCUUCCUUGGAAGCCUCCUCAUAGGAGGAACACCCAAAAGAGAUUAGUUUGGCAGGCAUGGCUUUGACCAAAGAUUUCUGUUUGAGAUUUCUGCCCGGGAUAUCUUCUUGGGAUAUCCGCUCGGGAUGUCUACUUGGGAUUUCUGUUCGGGAUUUCUGCUUGGAAUUAUUACUUCGGUUGAGAUGCAGACUUACUGACCAUAUUCUAUCCACCUAUGCCACUAAAAUACCCUCUAAACAAUAAGCUUACAGCUAUUUAUAACCACCAACUAUCUAUUGGAUAUUUUAAUGCAAAAUUCACCCUCCAGGAUACGAUCGCUAGGCUUAUACUCUCUGUUGAUGCUACUGGAUUACCUACCAACCACGCUUCUUUCCCUUAUGCCUAUUAUUUAACACUAUUAAUUUCGUAUUGUUACAAUAAAUUGCAGUAAAUCUCCAA